AGUGGCGGCAGCAUGAGUGGCCCUCAGCCUGUCAUGCCAGAGCACAGCCUAGCCGAGGAAGCUGGAGGCCCAACAGGAAAAGCUAUGAUGGGUGCCUGGGAGAAGGGCCCUCGGCUGGGCCAGCGGCUGCCUUCAGUCGUGGUAGAGCCCAGUGAGCUGAGUGCCAUGGAGAGUGGGGAGCUGCGCUGGCCCCCGGAGGGCACCCAGAGGGGGUCCAUCCAGAGCCAGGCUGCUGCUGCCUCUUCACGGAGCCUGCCAGGAGCACCGGGGGAGGCUCCGGGUGAUGCCGGCCGCCAGUGGGCCAGCCCUGAGGACCAGACCUCUUGCCCCCAGUGACAGGAGGAGGGCGUGGCCAGGGUCUGCUCUCCCUGGGCCCUGCAGGCCUUGCCCGUCUCCAGCAACUGACAGCACCCGAUAGAGAGAGCCCGAGUGGCCGGGCUGAUGCUUCAAGAGGGCUGGGCCUGUCCCGGUGGGUGGAGCCGAGCCACCACCUCUUGCCUCGCCAGGUCUGGCCAGCACCACGGCCCCUGCCUGCCCCCGUCCAUGGCCCAGGGUCUGGAUCACGACCCUGC